AUGGCGACAAGUGGGAAAGAACCGGAUGAAAGUUUGAGAAAGCCGCUAGCCAGUAUGAGUAGACAUACUGGGUCUGUAACCGUGGUGAGAUUUUCCCCAGAUGGCAACUUUCUGGCUUCAGGUUCGGAUGAUAGAAUUCUCCUGAUAUGGGAGAGAGAUGAAGAACAAAAACAACCAAUAUUCGGUUCAGAGAAUGACAGAGAACACUGGAAUGUUCGUCGCAGACUUGUAGCCCACGAUAACGAUAUUCAGGAUAUAUGCUGGGCUCCAGACUCCAGCAUUCUUGUGACCGUUGGGCUUGACAGAUCCGUAAUUGUGUGGAAUGGGUCGACCUUCGAGAAGAUCAAGCGUUUCGAUGUACAUCAGUCAUUAGUGAAAGGUGUUAUUUUCGACCCUGCCAACAAGUAUUUUGCAACGGCAUCCGACGACAGGACGGUACGAAUCUUCAGGUACCACAAGGCCGGCGACAUGAAUUUUUCAAUUGAACACGUCGUCUCGGAACCGUUCAAAGGCUCUCCCAUCACCACAUAUUUUCGGCGCUUAUCCUGGUCACCGGACGGCCAACAUAUAGCGGCGCCUAAUGCUACAAAUGGACCCGUGUCAUCUGUCUCAAUCAUUUCACGAGGAAGUUGGGACACAAGUGUGACCCUCAUUGGCCACGAUUCCCCAACUGAGGUAGUGCGCUUCAACCCUAGGUUGUUUCAAGUCCUCGCGAAAAAGAGCAAAACUGCGGAAGAAGGAAAAGAUGGCCAAGAUCAGGAUCAGGACCCUGACAAAACAGAUGCUGAUAAAACAGAUGCUGAUAAGACAGAUACUGCUGCAGAUAAGGAUAAUCAAGAAAAUUCUGAGCCAAAAGAGUCAUUAGAGGAGAAAGUUGAUUCCGUAAUAGCGACGGCCGGCCAAGACAAGACCCUAGUAGUUUGGAGCACUGGAAGAGCCCGACCCAUAUUUGUUGCCUACGACAUUACAAACAAAUCCAUUACCGACAUGGUGUGGAAUCCUGAGGGAAACAUUCUAUUUCUCACGUCUCUGGAUGGCUCUAUCAUAGCAGUGAUCUUCGAAAAGAAUGAACUUGGGGAGGCUGUUCCCAUCGAAAAAAACGUGGAGCAGCUGCAUCGUUAUGGUGUCGAUAAAAACUCUUUCGAGUUUCCAGAGAGCGUGAAGCAACUUGAGUUAGAAGACGAGGCUCAGAAACUCCAAACCAAAACUACCGAGCCAGAAAAAGUUAUCGCACCGGCAUUCCAAAAUCCAGAGGUCCAACCUAAGCCCAGCGCGCCCUUUCUGCCAGGAACAGCCCAAAAACCAAACGUUUUAGCCAUUAAAAGAAAGGAACAGCCGUCUAAGAAUGACGAGGCGGGCUUGCAGACUGGUAAGAAGCCAAACAAAACCCCAAUAAAGGGGCAAAAUGGACAUCUGAAUGAAACAGUUUUGAAAAAUGGACGCAAGAGAGUAGCGCCGACUCUCAUAUCCUCAGGUUACUCGCCAACAAAGCCAACUGAUGAUAACAUAGUUCCGAUUAAAGCUAGCAGUCCUUCACUGAAGCUUGCAGAUUCAGAAGAUAUGUUUCAGAAAGUGAAGCACAAGCUUGCACGUCAAUCAUUCCCUGUUCCUAGACUCGGCAUCCACUCCCUUAUCAUGGGUGUAAGAGAACGUGGCGUAGACAAGUACUAUAGAGACGAAGAAAGCUCACAAAGAGACAGAGAAGAGCAAACAACGGAUUUGGAUACAAUUCCCCAAGUUGAUCAUGUUAUGAGACUCAACGCAAAAACCACGCCAGACAGAGUUUGGGCUGAGGAAGCCAAUACAAGAUACAUUGAAAACCCGAGUUUGUUAUCGGAUGCGGAUGUCAUUUUGGUCGAAUUCGGGACUCUAGAUGACCUUCACAUCAUGGAAAUACGCAAUGGCGUCGAACGAGCGUUGCAAUUCGACCGCGAAGCACUACAUGAGCAUCCUACAAAGAUUCUCGGGUAUCAUAAGGGGAAAAGGCAGAUUGAUAUUUAUAUUCCGGAAGUUGUCAUUUGCGCAGUAGGGAUACCAAAAUGCAAGUGUUGGGCCCUUGCUACCGCAGACGGCACGAUAUAUGUUUACACAUCGUUUGGUCAACAUAAACUCCCGAAAAUUGCACUAGGGCACAAAGUGAUUAAGAUGGCAGCGGUAGAUUCGUACCUAGUCGUGCUGACUGAGUCUGGUCUGGUAUACUGUUGGGAUAUCGAGAAAGAACUAUGUGUUCAUAAAGAAAUCCCCGUUCUACCGAUUCUUUGUGACAGUCCGGUUGAAUCCAAUAGAGUCCGCGUCCACAAGAAGAUUGUUAACAUAAAUCUCGAAGUGCAGAGCCGGGAUUUAUUGGUUUCCUUUAUCAACCCGCAAGAGACGUUCCGUUGGAGUUCAAAUCUUGGGUGCUGGGUCCUGUCAGUAAGUUAA